AUGAAGAACGAAUCUGUGGUAAUUAUUGGUGCUGGCAUCAUUGGAUUGAAUGUUGCCCUGGUCCUUGCGGAGCAAGGCUAUGCCAGUCAAACAACCAUCAUAGCUGAGCACCUCCCGGGUGAUACAUCCAUAAACUAUACUUCACCAUGGGCCGGCGCCAACUUCUCUGCUCUUUCUGCAAGCGAUAAGAAUGCCUUGCGAUGGGAUCAACUCGGGUACAAGCACCUCCUCAAACUUGCGGCGCAAGAUGGCAUGAAGGCCUUUGUUCGGGAAACACCCUCUACCGAGUACUGGGAUGAGAUGCCGUCGCGAACGAAGCUAGAUUCCAUGGCUAGCUAUCUGAAGGAUGUGAGUCGAUUACCAAGAAGCAGUGCUCCAAUUCAAGUUGCUAAUAUGGGAAAACCACAGUACAAAGAGAUUCCUCAGCAGGAUCUACCGGAAGGUGUUGCAUGUGGUGUCAAAUUCACCACAGUAACCCUCAAUGCUCCGAUGCAUAUUCGCUAUCUUCUUCAAAGGCUCAGACAGCAGUACGGAGUGCGGGUUAUCCGAAAAAAGGUCUCGGGUGUCACCUCGGGUUUCCUCAGUAAGGACACGAAGGUGGUUUUUAACUGCACCGGUAACGCUGCUCGUACCCUAAAGGGAGUCGAGGAUCCCAAGUGCUACCCCACCAGAGGCCAAAUCCUGCUUGCCAAGGCAACACAUGUCAACCAAAAUGUGAUGCGCCACGGGAAGGAUUAUGAGACAUACAUUAUCCCACGACCACACUCAAAGGGUAAUGUCAUUCUCGGUGGAUAUAUGCAGAAGGGAGUCGGCUUGCCUGAUACACUUGGAGACGAAACCGAGUCUAUCUUAUCCCGGACCAAGGCAUUGCUACCUGAGCUUGAGUCACCUGAAACAGACAUUCUCGCAGCAUUUGCAGGCUUGCGCCCAUCGCGAGAGGGAGGUGCCCGAGUUGCCAGUGAAGUCGUGCAGGUCGAUGAUUCGGAGAGAAAGGGCCUCGUCGUUCACAACUACGGUGCUGGAGGAACUGGUUUCCAGGCUGGGUAUGGAAUGGCCGUUGAUGCAGUUGGAUGCGCGUUGAAUGAACUUGAAAAGCUUCAAGCCAAACCAUCUCUCUAG